UGCAAAUCUCGCCAUCGAGAGUUGGUCGAACGGAAAAUUUGUUUAGUGUGCUAAAACAAAAACAGAUCCUUGCCACCGACUGUCCGUGGCGUCCGAUUGACAGAAGAGCGAGUCCUUUUGCCGAGGAGGAGAAGUAGGCACAGAAAUUAAUCGGGGACGCACAGACAGGGUGGAAAGGAAUUGAUAAGUUACGGGUAAAAUGGGUGCGGAUGACCCACUCUGCUCCGAGCCUCUCGUAUCCGUAGACUUCGAGGUCUUUGGCAAAGUUCAGGGCGUAUACUUCACCAAAUACGUCAGAGACAUAUGCCUGCAACUGAAUAUUUGCGGGUGGGUGAAGAACAGUAAAACAGGAACAAUUCUUGGAAAAAUGCAAGGUCCUAAGGCCCUUGUAGAUGAAAUGGCGGAGUGGCUGUCGACGGUGGGCAGUCCUGGGAGUGAAAUUCAUCAUUGCGAAUUCACGAACUGGGAGAAUGUGGUACGACCGCAAUUUCAGGGCUUUGUAAUUCGGUUUUAAUUUUAAGCAAGAGAUGUAAAAUCAGGGUGAUGGGUAAAAUGAAUCCGAAAAUUCAUUUCAUAUUUAUAUACUUCCAGUUGUUGUGAAAAUAACACCUUUUGAAAAAAAUUGUUGAAUGAAAAAAGCGUCGAGCAUAAUGAGAUCGAUGCGUGAAAAAUCAAAAACAAUAUUGCAUUUUUCAAAACAAGGCACAAAAAAAAAAUACUUGCCAUGUGAAAAAAAUGUUUCUCGGCUCUAAAAUUUGGCAAAUGAAUCGGAAAUUUGAAUAAUGAAACAGUCAAAGAUAUAAUUCGAAGUUCAUAUCAAUGUCCCAUUUUGUUAUGAGUAUUCUAUGGAAAAAAACACCGGUGAUCUUAUAGCAAGAGUCAUUGUACUCUUGUUUUAGUUUCCCAUUUUAGAAAUUUAAACACCAGGAUUAUAGGGGUAAAAGAAUUGAAAUGUAUCGACCACAGAGGCUAUUUUGUAUAAAUGAUACCUCUGGUGUAUACAUCUCUGAUGUCUCUCAGGUUUGGAUUAUAUUUAAUAUUUAAUUAUACAUGCACGAAUGCCGAGAAUGUGUGAGAGUAUGCCAUAAUUAUACUAUUUUAUUUAUAACUCGUUGAAGCUGUACAGUAGUACUUAAAAGUUCAAAAAUCUUUGGACUAGUUUUAAAGAGAGUGGAAUAUUUGAAUCAUAAGAAUUACCAACUAGAUAUGACAGACUUUUAGUGAAGAUUCUCUUACUUUUAUUGAAUUACUUUGAACUAUCAACUAGUGAAUAUUGUUUAGCUGGUCAAUGAUUCCUAUUUGUAUAGACUAGUAAUCUUAAAUCGUUAAGUUAAGUACUAAAGAAAGAAUAUGUGGAAGAAAGAUGUAAAAAAUAAACGUUGAAAAUUUUCGUCACAUCGUUCAUUGUAAUAUAUAUCACCUGGAAUCUGAGACGAAAAUGUGACGGCAAAUAAUACGUUUCAGUAGAGUGAGAAAUUUUCAGUUAACGUCCCGUCAUACCGUAGAAACACAAUGAACAAAAACUGUUACUCCUGCAAAACACUGCGGAGGGAAAUGUUUAUUGUACACUGAUGGCACGCGAAAAAGAACACGAUACCAGGACAUGGCGGCAAGCCAAUAUAUGAGAUCUUAUAUACAUGGCUACAUUGGGAUGGUUAUACAAAAAUUCUGAAAAGUCGAGCAAGGAAUAUAUCCAGAUUUUUUUAUUUUGUACAAAGUUAUACACAUUACACGUACUGGUAUCAUUAUUUAAAUACAAGUAAGACAAUAAUAUUUACAGUAAUAGGUUUCACGUGAUGAAUUCAAAUAGUUAACGUGUUAUUUAGUAAUCAAUAUAAUUUUAUUUAACAUCAUUAUCUGAUAACAAUUAUUGAAUUAUCUAUCUAGAUGUAAUUAACCAUUGAUGACGAAUAUGUUAAAAACAGUCAUUCAAAAUGCUCAAUGAUAAAUCACAUAAUGCUAUGUUCAAUUCGAAUUGAAAAGAUGAUUGAUAGAUAUAAUUGACGAAAACAAUUACCGGUUGCGAUAUUUUGGCUUUGAUGUAUGGCAUUUAGUGAACAGUCUGCAUCCACUGUUUCUGAACGAGUAUGUAAAGUAUGUAAUAUUAUAAUUCAAAUGAUAAUAACAGGGUAAUAACUUUUAUCCAUUACGCAUUCCCUGAUCUCGAAAUUUUUCACAAAUUAAUAAUAUAAACUAAAAUUUUUGGUCAUGCAUACUUCGACUGCGAUUUAGAUAAUUUAUCAUUUUUUAAGGAAUGUUUUGCUGAUCUAAUGAUAUUUGUAACAUCUCAAAUUUGUGUAUUUCACUGAAUUGUCAAGACAGCUUUGAGAGGAUCAUCUUAAUUCAUUUUGCUAAUCAUUUACAAUUCAUGAUCAACA